AUGCCUCAACUAUCCAUUACUCCACCAUACCUCAGCUAUCCAUUACUCCACCAUGCCUCAGCUAUCCAUUACUCCACCAUGCCUCAGCUAUCCAUUACUCCACCAUGCCUCAGCUAUCCAUUAAUCCACCAUGCCUCAGCUAUCCAUUACUCCACCAUGCCUCAGGUAUUCAUUACUCCACCAUGCCUCAGGUAUCCAUUACUCCACCAUGCCUCAGCUAUCCAUUACUCCACCAUGGCUCAGCUAUCCAUUACUCCACCAUGCCUCAGCUAUCCAUUACUCCACCAUGCCUCAGCUAUCCAUUACUCCACCAUGACUCAGCUAUCCAUUAAUCCACCAUGCCUCAGCUAUCCACACCCCACCAUGCCUCAGCUAUCCAUUACUCCACCAUGCCUCAGGGUAUCCACUAUCCAUUACUCCACCAUGGAUCACACCAUGCCUCCACCAUGCCCCAUCCAUUUACUCCCACCAUGA